AUGGAGGAGGUGAUGGAGGAGGUGAUGGAGGAGGUGAUGGAGGAGGUGAUGGAGGAGGUGAUGGAGGAGGUGAUGGAGGAGGUGAUGGAGGAGGUGAUGGAGGAGGUGAUGGAGGAGGUGAUGGAGGAGGUGAUGGAGGAGGUGAUGGAGGAGGUGAUGGAGGAGGUGAUGGAGGAGGUGAUGGAGGAGGUGAUGGAGGAGGUGAUGGAGGAGGUGAUGGAGGAGGUGAGGGAGGAGGUGAUGGAGGAGGUGAUGGAGGAGGUGAUGGAGGAGGUGAUGGAGGAGGUGAUGGAGGAGGUGAUGGAGGAGGUGAUGGAGGAGGUGAUGGAGGAGGUGAUGGAGGAGGUGAUGGAGGAGGUGAUGGAGGAGGUGAUGGAGGAGGUGAUGGAGGAGGUGAUGGAGGAGGUGAUGGUGGAGGAGGUGAGGAGAGAGGUGAUGAGGAGGUGA